GGGGAAGGGGGGACCUCCAGCCCCCCCAGGCCGGGCAGAGAAGGAGCCUCACUCAUCUAGCUGGGACCAGGCCUGGGAGAGGGGCGCCCCUCCGAGUAGACAGACUGUGCACUGUGGGAGGGGAUGAUCGGGAGCCUGGGUCAGGGAGCCUCUGGGGACUGGAAGAAGGUGAUUUAAGGACAGCCCUAUUUUCCAAGGCCUGGGAGGAGAUUUCUGGAACAUCUCCCCCCAUCCUCCCCCACUCCCAUCCCUGCAGAUGGGAAGGCUUCCCAAAGUCCCCCAGGAAGCCACAGGGAGCCUUCAGUUUCUCUAGCAGAACAGAUUUUUCUGUCACCUAGUAGGGAAGGAGGCAGGAGGGGCAUUGUUCCCAUUUCACAGGUAGGAAAACUGAGGCCCAGAGAGAGAAAGAGACACGGCCAAAGUCAAACUGAGCCAAAGUCAAAGCCAGUGCUAGAAGCCCAGCAUUCUGAAGAAUGCCUGCACAAGGUGGUAAACCAGGUGGGCUGGAUUCCAGACCUGGCUCUGCCAUUUACCACCUGGGUGAAUUUGGAGAUGUCCUUCCGCAAAGUGGUCAGACAGAGCAAGUUCCGGCAUGUCUUCGGGCAGCCGGUCAAGAACGAGCAGUGCUAUGAAGAUAUCCGGGUGUCCCGGGUCACCUGGGACAGCACCUUCUGUGCAGUGAACCCCAAGUUCCUGGCGAUCAUCGUCGAGGCCAGUGGUGGAGGGGCCUUCAUGGUGCUGCCCCUGAGCAAGACGGGGCGCAUUGACAAAUCAUACCCCACGGUAUGUGGGCACACUGGACCUGUCCUCGACAUCGACUGGUGUCCGCACAACGAUGAGGUCAUCGCCAGUGGUUCUGAGGACUGCACGGUCAUGGUCUGGCAGAUCCCAGAGAACGGCCUGGUGGCUCCCCUGACAGAACCGGUGGUUGUCCUAGAAGGCCACUCCAAGAGAGUGGGCAUUGUGACCUGGCACCCAACCGCCCGGAACGUUCUCCUCAGCGCAGGCUGCGACAACGUGGUACUCAUCUGGAAUGUGGGCACGGCGGAGGAGCUGUACCGCCUGGAUGCCCUGCACCCCGACCUCAUCUACAACAUCUCCUGGAACCGCAACGGAAGCCUCUUCUGUUCCGCCUGUAAGGACAAGAGUGUGCGCAUCAUCGACCCUCGCCGCGGCACUCUGGUGGCGGAACGAGAGAAGGCCCAUGAGGGAGCCCGGCCCAUGCGGGCCAUUUUCCUGGGCAAUGGCAAGGUGUUUACCACAGGCUUCAGCCGGAUGAGUGAGCGGCAGCUGGCGCUCUGGGACCCGGAGAACCUGGAGGAGCCCAUGGCUCUGCAGGAGCUAGACUCAAGCAAUGGGGCCCUGCUUCCCUUCUAUGACCCUGAUACCAACGUCAUCUACGUCUGUGGCAAGGGGGACUCAAGCAUCCGCUACUUUGAGAUCACAGCUGAGCCCCCCUAUAUCCACUUCCUGAACACCUUUACUAGCAAGGAGCCUCAGCGGGGAAUGGGGCGCAUGCCCAAGAGAGGCCUGGAUGUGAGCAAGUGUGAGAUCGCUAGGUUCUACAAGCUCCAUGAACGGAAGUGUGAACCCAUCAUCAUGACUGUGCCCAGAAAGUCAGACCUAUUUCAGGAUGACCUGUACCCAGACACAGCAGGGCCCGAGGCAGCCCUGGAAGCUGAAGAGUGGGUGAGUGGGCAGGAUGCCGAGCCCCUCCUCAUCUCCCUGCGUGAAGCCUAUGUGCCCAGCAAACAGAGGGACCUCAAGGUCAGCCGAAAAAAUGUCCUGCAUGACAGUCGGGCGGCCUCGGCUCCUGUGCCCGGAGCUUCCACACCUGCCUCCACCACCACCCCGGUCAGCACCCCAAGCAGCAGUGGCACCAGCAGCAGCAGCAGCAGCAGUGGCCUUGCAGGGGCUGGGGACUCUGGGAAGCUGGAAGAGGUGACCCGUGAGUUGCGGCUGCUCCGGACCUUGGUGAAGGAACAGGGCGAGCGCAUUGCCCGUCUUGAAGAACAGCUGGGCCGCAUGGAGAAUGGGGAUGUGUAGUGCCCAGCCCCUGCCUGCCGGAGCCAACCCAUCCCUCCCUUGCCCCAGAUCCUGCCGCUAACUCAGCCGGCCAGGGAGCAGGAAGCUCCGGCCUGGACCACUUUUAUACUUGCUAUCAAGAAUGAUUUUUUUUUAUAUACUAGGCAAGAACUUCCCACACCUCCAAGGGACCAUCUUCCCUUUCCCACAGACUCCACCACACCUAGCUCUCCUGCCCUCAGCUACCCUGGUGGAAGUUGUGGGCCUGACUAUAUUUUCAUUCCAAAUAAAAACCUCUUUCUAAGA